ACAGAUGUAGAAAAAGGACGAUUUCGUGACAGAUAAAAUAGAAAAAAAAAUAUUCUAUUUCACCUGAAGAAACACAAGACGGAGCGCGGGGCACCGGGCGGCGGCGGGGCGGGGCGGGGCGGGCAGGGCCAAACAGCGCCCGCCGCGCUGCAAUAAACGGGGGCGCCGCGGGGCCGCCCCUGCCCGGUGCUCCCCGUUACACCGCAAUGUCCGAGACCACCCCGGCGGCCGCCGCCAAGAAGCCGAAGAAGGCGGCGAGCGGCUCCAAAGCCCGCAAGCCCGCGGGGCCCAGCGUCACCGAGCUGAUCACCAAGGCCGUGUCCGCCUCCAAGGAGCGCAAGGGGCUCUCCCUCGCCGCGCUCAAGAAGGCGCUGGCCGCCGGCGGCUACGAUGUGGAGAAGAACAACAGCCGCAUCAAGCUGGGGCUCAAGAGCCUCGUCAGCAAGGGCACCCUGGUGCAGACCAAGGGCACCGGCGCCUCCGGCUCCUUCCGUCUCAACAAGAAACCCGGGGAAGUGAAAGAAAAGGCUCUUAAGAAGAAAAAAUAUACAGUAAUCGAGCCCAAGAAGCUGGCGGCUAAGAAGCCCGCCAGCGCUGCCAAGAAGGCAGUGACAGCAAAGAAAAGCUCCAAGAAAGUUAAGCCUGCAGCCAAGAAAGCAGCCAAGAGUCCCAAGGUGACAAAGGCUGUCAGGUCCAAGAAAGGGGUGGCAGCAACGAAGAGCCCGGCUAAGGUGAAGCCGGUGAAGCCCAAGGUAGCCAAGCCGAAAGCGGCUAAGGCAAAAAGGCAGCGCCCAAGAAGUAAGCCCCAUAUGGAAAUAGUCUUGUUUCGCACUUAA